AUGCCUUCUCUUCUGUCCCUCAAUGAGAUAAUUCGACCUUUGAGCGGAUCCUUUCCGAAAGCGAAAGAAUCGUCCUAUUAUGAAGCGGCCUCAUUUUCCAAGAAAAACGCGCAGGAAAGCCAUUCUUUCAAAGGCACGCUUGCGCGUUGCUUAGUUAAAAAACUUCAUAGAGCCGCUUUAAAAGUAGGCACCCUCUUACUCACCAAAAGUGGUUUAACGUACCCAGCCAGAGGUGCUUUGCGCAGAUUAAGAACUCCGAGGCUUCAUUUUGGGUCGAUAAUUCUCUUUAGAAUGCCAUCACAUGACUUUCACAUGAUCAUGUUGAAACGCGCUGCCCGAGAAAAAGCGUUCUGCCCGAUAUGCAAGGUACGUCAGGUAUGUGAGCUCGCGGCUAAGAAAAGGUAUAAGAUGAGAAAAGGUAAGAUUAGUGAGGUGAAUGAUAGGAGUAUGCGGCGGCUCAGUGUCUUGUAA